AAUACUCGUCGUGAGGCUUAUGUCAUGGCUCGCACUAAGCAGACCGCUCGCAAGUCCACCGGCGGCAAGGCGCCGCGCAAGCAGCUGGCCACCAAGGCGGCCCGCAAGAGCGCGCCGGCCACGGGCGGCGUGAAGAAGCCGCACCGCUACCGGCCCGGCACGGUGGCCCUGCGCGAGAUCCGCCGCUACCAGAAGUCCACGGAGCUGCUGAUCCGCAAGCUGCCGUUCCAGCGCCUGGUGCGCGAGAUCGCGCAGGACUUCAAGACCGACCUGCGCUUCCAGAGCUCGGCCGUGAUGGCGCUGCAGGAGGCGUGCGAGGCCUACCUGGUGGGGCUCUUCGAGGACACCAACUUGUGUGCUAUCCAUGCCAAGCGCGUCACCAUCAUGCCCAAGGACAUCCAGCUUGCUCGUCGCAUCCGUGGUGAAAGGGCGUAAGCUUGUUUUUCCAUUAAGUGCUAAUCUUAAACCCAAAGGCUCUUUUCAGAGCCACCUACAACUUCAUUUUGAAGAGCUGUACUGUAAGGAAGUAAAAUUCUCCCCUCAACAAGGGUGGGUUAGGGUAGAAUUUUUCCCGCCCCAACCCCUUCCCCCACAGCCAAACAUCCCUGGAGUUGUAAGUGAGGUGAGGGUCUAACCAUGUUUCCUUAACAGGUAGCCAUUCAGGCAUAGUUUAUCAAACCUUAUUUAUGACCCUGCUUGUAAGUAGUCCAGUUGAUGGCAUUGCUUUAUCUCACAUUGCUUUUGUUUCUUCUAGGGCUAUGUACCAUGGUAUGCUAUGCUGUACAAUUUUUUCACAAUUCUUUGUUGUAGUUGUUACUCAAAUAUAGGACUUUAG